AAGGAAUAAGUAUAUUAUCUCUUAAUUUAUAAUUUAAUAGCUCGGCAUAAAUGAACUGUUGUUGAUAUCGACCAUAUCUCAAAAGAUCUGGCAGCACUGGCUGCUUGUUUACGUUUAGUAUGCCAGCUGAGCGCGUAUUGAGAGCAUUUUUACGUUCUUGCUGUUUAUACCUUUGUCAAAUAGCUAAAAAUUAAUAAAAAUGGAUGAGGAGGAGCAUCUACAUCGUUUCGGUACACCAUUAGAGCCAUUGGAAAAGGAUGAGGUGCCUGCUAAGAAGCCAUUGUCCAUCGAAGAUCAAAUUGUGAAAGAUGAAAAUGGCAAGAGAAGAUUUCAUGGUGCGUUCACCGGUGGCUUUAGUGCUGGUUUUUGGAACACUGUCGGUUCACUGGAGGGUUGGACACCGCAGAAUUUCAAGAGUUCCCGCGGCGAAAAAGCAGCUGCAGUUCAACAGCGACCGGAAGACUUCAUGGACAAAGAAGAUUUGGGAGAAUUCGGCAUAGCACCACAAGGCAUACGUACACGUGAUGAGUUCGCCAAGGACAGCGAGAAGGAGCAGCGCACCGGGCAGCGCAAGCGUAAGCUUAUGCAGCCACAGAUGGAUGGUCCAAUUCCCGGUGUCCCUGUUUUGGAGCAACUGUUGCGUCCAGUGCGCGACAAAGUCGCUGUGCGCAUCUUGAAGAGCAUGGGCUGGAAGCCGGGACAAGGUGUUGGACCGCGACAGACGCGCAAGGAAAAGCGACAGACAACGGCUCGCAAUCAAAGGGAACAGUAUCUGCUGGAGCACUAUGGCAACGAGGGAUUACCUAGCAGCAGCAAAGCUGAUGAUGAUGAAGAGCCGGAGGAGGAGGACGAUGAGGAUAUAACCUUUGCCCCCGAUGAUUAUGAGCCCAUUUUCUAUACGCCCAAAGAGAAUCGCUUCGGUAUGAGCUACUCAGGCUUGAGUCGUGCCCCGGUGCUCUCCAAGGGUAGCACACCAGCGGCUCCCAUGCAGCACAUCAAUCUGUUUGGUCAGCUAGAGGCGGCGGCCAAGCAGAAACAACUUUCUAUACGCGGUCAGGCGUUUGGUGUGGGCGCUUUUGAGGAGGAGGACGAUGAUAUAUAUGCCCGAGAUGAUAUGACACGCUACGAUUUCUCGUUGGCCGACAAACAGCCUAAGAAGAAGAAGGUGGAGUAUGUUCAGCAGCGGCAUGUUAUCGAUGGCUUCAGCGAGGAUAAAAGCAACAGUACACUAUCACAGCCUUAUACCAUCGACUUGCCACGUGAUUUUCAGCCACGCAAUUGGUUGCAUCGCCGCAGUCGAUUUGCACCAAUGGAUGCGCAAAGGGCUCGCAGGUUGGAGCAGGCGCAAGAACAUAAGAAGGCGGGUCUGGGUAGACAUGAUCUUAAUCCCGAGCAGCGUGCUGAGCUGUUGGGCGAAGUGGUGCAGACAACGAAAAAAAAUCCUUUCAAAAUAGCGACAAGCGUGAGCAAUCAACAGGAGCGUAGCAAAUCCUUGCUAGAGCUGAUCAGCGCUAAGAGUGAUAACUUUACCAAGGGAGGACUCAUUACAACAACGGGUGAGGAGCAGCUAGCGCCAUCGCCAUCGCCUGCUGUGGAGCUCAAUAAAGAAUUGCAGCAAACAAAUGCUUCCAUCUUGCAGCAGGCGGCAUCCAAAACCAAGAACUUGGCGUCAACAACACCUUCAGGCGGCUUCAAGCCCUUCCUCGCGGACGAAGCUAAACAGCAGCGAUAUGAACAGUUCCUUAGUGCAAAAUUGAAAGAUGACGCAGAAAUUACUCAAUUUCUGGCCGAUUUACAGCCGGUAACGUUAUCGCUGUGGGAUCGCGAAAUGGAGAAAAAAGAAUUUAUACAGGCAUCGAAAAUCUAUCGUCCUUUAGCUGGUCUCAUGCUUGAUAGAUUUGUAUCGGAGGCUACGGUGCAGGCGGAACAGCAGCAGGAGCAGCUUAAGCCAACGGAGCAAAAGAAAAUCGUGAUGACGCGCACAAAGAGCAUGUGGAAACCCAAUGCACUGCUGUGUAAGCGCUAUAACAUUGCUGAACCCUUUGGAGGAGCAUUACCCGAUCCCGAAAAGGAUCUUAAAGGAAAGCCUAAAAUGUCCAUUUUUGAUUAUCUGGAAACCUCAAUCAAUACCAAGGCAAACUUUCAAACACCCAACAUAAUACCCAAGCAUAUAGAGCCGCCUCAGAAGCCGAGUCUACCAUCAGAGCAACCCAAGGUUGCGGUCGAACUGCCACUUAAAUCUGUAGAACAGUCAGCUAAGCCAGUAGAAAUGAUCGACAGAUCAGAAACUGCAUCCGAAACCCCUGCUAUCAAGCCUAGUUUUGUGCCAAGAACGCCACUCGAGCUGGCUGUGGAUGCGUCACGUGAUCAGCCCAUUUCGGAAAAGACAGAUCUCUUCAGAAGCAUAUUUGACGACAGCGAUGAAGAGACGGAUACGAAACCCGCUGCAGUCGAAGAAGAGGCACAACAGACGGCUGCGGAGAAAUUGGCUGCUAUGCAGGCUGCUCUGGGCAUACCAAUCACUGCAGCCGUACCCGCGUCCGCGGCAGCUGCCAAUGUGCUGCGCAACAACUCACCGCCUCGGGGAUUAUUUGCAGCGCUCUUUAAGCCCAGCGAAGAGCAGCCAUCCAAACCCAAAUUUGCACCCAUUGAGGGCAACAAAUUGAAAAUUGCAUACAAAUCACGCGAGGAGCGACUGAAGAAUGACAAGGAACUGGCCAUGGCAGAAGUUCCGCCCGAAGAACUCUAUGGCCCCAAGUUGCCCAGUCAACUGAAGCAGCCGCCACCAGGUAACAAUUCAAAGCACGCGGAGGCCAGUAUAGAUGCCAAGCUGCAGCAACUGUGGCAGCAACAUGCGCCAAGCAAACGCAAGACGGAGCAUUGGGUGGAGCGUACAAUGAGUAGUAGCGACCAUAGCGCUGAUAGCGAUGAGGAUAGCUCGGAAAGUUCCGAUUCCAGUAGUUCCAAAGCAAAACGUGCGAAGUUAAAGAAGUCGCACAAGAAAUCCAGUGGUAAAAAGUCUAAGAAAUCAAAACAAAAAGUUAAGAAAAAGUCGAAGAAGAGCGAAAAAUCUAAGCACAAAUUGAAGAAGAAGAAAAGCAAGCACUAGCUUUUUUUUAUUAUACGUAAAU